AUGUGGAGCAACUUGCUGCCUGUGGGCGCAGUGUGCUGCUUCCUAUCAAGGCUAAUAACAGCACAAUAACAUAUGACAUCAAGCAGGGAGGAUCAGGAUGAUGACCAUCUCCAUACUUCUGCUGGUUAUAUACAUAGUCAUAUCGACAACAGCCUUUCAGAGAGGACACAAUAUCCAACUUGCUAAGCAGGAAAUUUUGUUACGUUCCAAAAGGAGGUGGUCUUUGACUACGAUUGAAUUAGUUGAAGAGGAUCCGGGUCCUUACCCGAAAUUCAUAUCUCAGAUAUUCAACGACAAGUCAAAUCAAUACCUUAAUCACAAAUAUGUAUUAAGAGGAAUGGGCUUUGAUGAGGAGCCAAUCGGCAUCUUCUCUCUUGAUGAACGAAGCGGGAAGAUCUACGCCCAUAAAGCCAUCGACAGAGAGAAGCACAGUUUCUUUCAUAUCAAGUUUGACAUUUUGGACGUACAAACGGGUGGAGCUAUAGACAGAGAAUUAGCAUUUGAUAUUGAAAUUAAAGACAUCAAUGACAAUGCGCCAAGAUUUGUCCACCCACAAAUGAACGCUGAAGUCAGAGAGGACACAGAAGAGGGCUACUUGCCAGUUAGGAUAGAGGUCAUUGACCCUGAUCAACGGAACACCCCAAAUUCUACAGUGACUCUGAGUGUGAUAUCACAGUCGCCACAAGAGCCAAAAAUUGACUUAGACCAGAUUGACGUACAAAUGGCUCAGCUUACUUUUAAAGGGUGUUUCAACUACGACAAAGUUAAAAAAUAUGAAAUAAUACUUCAAGCGAAAGAUCAUGGAAACCCAUCUCUGUCAUCCACUGCUGUUGUCACUCUCAACAUCAUUGACACCAACAGUCAUCCACCAACAUUCAAAGCGAGGAAAUAUCAUAGUGAAGUUCCAGAAAUGGUUUUAAAGGAAAAUGUUUUAAGACUUGAGGUAGAAGACAAGGACACUCCCAAAACACCUGGGUGGCGGGCCAAGUACUUCAUCAUCAGUGGAAAUGAGGAAAACAAUUACAAAAUUGAAACUGACCCUGAUACUAAUGAGGGUAUUCUGAGUGUUAUCAAGGGGAAGGAUUUUGAGAAAACAGAAAUUGCAAACCUGCAAAUUGGAGUAGAGAAUGAAGAGCCCUUAUUUGUAUGUAAUGAUGCAGCAUCCUCCCGCAAUGGCUUGUCCUCCCCUGAUUCAAUUAAUGUCACAGUCAAAGUAAUAGAUGUCAAUGACCCACCUCAGUUUGAGAAAGAGUCAGUUGAAAUCUAUGAGAAGGAAGAGGAAGAACCAGGAAAGUUGCUGUACACUCCAAAGGUUCAUGAUGUUGAUUCAGAUGUAUCCAAAAUUAGGUUUGUCUUGGUAGAUGAUCCAGCUGGAUGGGUGACCAUUGAUAAAAAAACAGGACAAGUCACAACCACGAAGAAGAUGGAUAGAGAAUCAUCCUUCGUUCAUGACGAUGUUUAUAAAAUCCAAAUUGCUGCAAUAGAUGAUGGUCAACCUCCAGGCACAAGUACAAGCAGUAUCUUGGUUCACCUCCUGGAUAUCAAUGAUAACCAGCCCAAGCUAAACAAUAACAGUGUCACCAUGUGUGGAAACAAGGUGAAACUUUCCAUAAAGGAUCUUGACUUGCAUCCUUACAGUGGACCCUUCACAAUCUCACUAAAGAGUGAUGAUGCAACCCAACUAAAGCGAUGGAAAGUGGACCCUGCCACGGGUGAGGAAGUUGGGCUAGUUAGCUUGAAGACACUACCUUACGGCAAAUACUCAGUGCCCCUCUUGAUUAAGGACCAACAGGGCACAACAGGAGAGGAUACUGCGGUCAUAACUGUGUGUGAUUGUGAAGGAGGAGAAGUGUGUCGCCAUAAAAAGCCACUCUCAACAAGUCUGGGACCAAGUGCUAUUGGACUUGUCUUUGCAGCUCUCCUUUUAUUUUUGUUAAUCUUAUUCGUCUCGAUCUGUAAGUGUGAAAAACAGUUCAAGAACUUGUCUGAAGUACAUGAAGAUGUGGGUUAUCAGACCUUAAUCAAGUACAACCAAGAAGGAGGCGGCGCUGAAUGCAAGACUGCGCCAACUUUAUUGCUGACGCCAAAGGGAACCAUGGAGAUAUCUAAGAGGGCUCGUGUAAUGAAAGACUUGAAUAAUUACAACUCUGGGAUGAUGAUUAACUCUGACAUGGCAUCAUUGGGCCAGACUUAUCAUAGAGAGUCAUUCUGGGGCAAUAAGGAGCACACAGACUCUACAUGGAACAAGAACACAUACCAGGGAGGCUCAUUCAGGUCUCAACAGACAAACAACUGGUUGUUCAAUCAUAACAUUUCGGAUCACCUCAACAAGAGACUGAAAAUGAUUGACGGAAAUGCUGCAAACCACCCAGAAUACCAACCACAUGAGUACGUCUACGAGGGAGAUGAGAGCAGAUGUCAGUCACUGGAUCAACUGUCUUUUAGCAAUUAUGGAGAAAGUUUUCAGUUUUUGAAUGAUUUGGGACCCAAGUUUAAACCCUUUGCCAGGAUUUGCAACCAGUUAAUCCAGGAAAAAAGCAUACAAAUUUAACACUUGUAUUCUGUUGUGGUCAAAAUUGACCCAUUUUUAAGUUUGGGUAUGCAAAAUCAAUGGUAAUUUUUACACAACCAAACCUGAGAAUGGUCAAUCUUGACACGAAAACAAUAUACUGGAUUAAAGGUUUUGUAUUUUCCAGUUGAACUAAAUUACAGAUCAAAUUUAAUUCACGCAAGGGUUGAAAAGGGUAGCACUGGCCAAUUACUGUAUUUUUAAGCUGGCAGCUUUGUCUUAUUGGUUGAUUGUAUUAGUAAGUAGCACCGGUAUUAAGAAUGGAAUAUGAUUUUUCCACUAACACUUGCCAUAUUUCGCCAAGAUAACACCACAUUAACCAUAAUUCCUCUGUAAUGUCAAUGAGUUGGUUUAUUUAUUUCAUAUUCCCUCAAAUGAAAGCUUUAAAAAAUGUUUUAAUUAGCUAAACGUGCCUGAAAAUAUAUUUUGCAUUCGUAUUUACAAUAUUUGUCUCAAAUUGUAUUGCAUUCUCAUGAGAACAUUUUGGAUUGCUUGUCUUUUAUAUGAGUUGGCGUACCUGUCACUUUGCAUAUUUUUUUGCUCAGGAGUUUAAUUUGUCAGGAAAGUAUUAUUUUAAAUUGCACAUUUGUUGAUGAAAACACAUUUAAUUUUGCAAUUAUAUCAGUAAUUACUCUGACAAAAUAAUCUACUGUAUAUUAUGAUAGCAAUCAAGGUGUUGGUAAGAAUAAAUAUCAGAGGUCUUUUAUUGACUUUGUGAGCGUUGUUCAGUAUUCAAAGGCACUUGCCACACCUGUCAGUGAUGUGUGUUUGCUCAGUUAGUCAUGAAGUAUGAAACCUAACUUUUUAUCAAUGUUAAAUCCUUCGGACAAUUGCAUGCAACAAGCGCAACCAAAGGAUUAUGAUAGGUAUUGCAGAACUGGGUGAGGUCCUGGAAGAUGCACUGUUUCCAUGAUAAACAUAGCCAUAACAGAACCAGAAAAGGCUGAGUUGGGAUUAUUGUAUCUCACUCUUAUAACUACAUUCAUUCAGUGAACUUGAUCUAAAUCCUGAAUAUUAAAAAAAUAACAUCAAUGGCUGUCUAAAUAUGUUGAAAUAGUAAAGGGUUCGUGUCAAAGUUAUGCUUGUGUCAUGUCUGGCUACGUGCUGUAACACGAAAAAUGUCUAUUUCCUCAGAUUUGUAUGAACAUAAGAGAUGAUAGGACUUUUUAAAAAUUGUGACCAAACCUUAAAGACGAUGAAAAUGAACUCAUUAACAAUGAUCGACACCUACUAGCUGUGGCUCCAGAGCUGCAU